AUGGCAAACGUUACACCAGUUCAGCUGGAUAACCUGGAGGCCCAGCAGCAAUUCAGCAGUACCCGGUGGGAGGGCACAGACCACCCCCAGCCCCGGCCUCGGGAGGAGGCCACCGCCACAUUCAAGCUCUUUGAAUGCUCACGGAUCAAGGCGCUCGCUGAUGAGCGCGAUGCAGUGCAGAAGAAGACUUUCACCAAGUGGAUCAACUCCCACCUGGGCCAGGUCUCCUGCCGAAUUGGCGACCUCUAUACAGACCUGAGGGAUGGCUACCUCCUGACCAAGCUGCUGGAGGUUCUGUCUGGGGAGCAACUGCCCAAGCCCACCCGGGGGAGGAUGCGGAUCCACUCCCUGGAAAACGUGGACAAAGCCCUGCAGUUCCUGAAGGAGCAGCGAGUCCACCUGGAGAACGUGGGUUCUCAUGACAUUGUGGAUGGCAACCACCGCCUGACCCUAGGCCUCAUCUGGACCAUCAUCCUGAGAUUCCAGAUCCAGGUGAUUAACAUUGAAACAGAAGACAGCCGAGAGACCCGCUCGGCCAAGGAUGCUCUAUUGCUCUGGUGCCAGAUGAAGACAGCAGGCUACCCCGAAGUUAACAUUCAGAACUUCACCACCAGCUGGCGGGAUGGACUGGCCUUCAGCGCUCUCAUCCACAAGCACAGGCCGGAUAUUAUUGAUUUCAAGAAGCUGACCAAAUCCAACGCGGUCUACAAUCUCCAGCAGGCCUUCAAUACAGCAGAGCAGCAACUGGGUCUAGCUAAAUUGCUGGACCCAGAGGAUGUCAACGUGGAGCAUCCGGACGAGAAGUCUGUUCUAACCUACGUGGUUUCUUUCUACCAUUAUUUCUCCAAGAUGAAGGCGCUGGCUGUGGAGGGGAAGCGGAUAGGAAAGGUGCUGGAUCAAGUGCUGGAGAUCGAGAAGAUCAUAGAGCGGUAUGAGUCUCUCGCCAGUGAGUUAUUGGAGUGGAUCGAGAUAACCAUCCCCAUCAUCACCAGCCAGAAGUUUGCCAACUCCCUGGCUGGGGUCCAACAGCAGCUGCAAGCCUUCACUGCCUUCUGCACCCUGGAGAAGCCCAUCAAGUUUCAGGAGAAGGGGAACCUGGAGGUCUUGCUGUUUUCCAUCCAGAGCAAACUCCGUGCCAACAAUCGCAAACUCUAUAUCCCCAAGGAGGGAAGGAGCAUCUCGGACAUCAACAAGGCCUGGACGCGGCUGGAGAAGGCAGAGCAUGAACGGGAAGUGGCCCUCCGCACCGAGCUCAUCCGCCAGGAGAAGCUGGAGCUGCUGGCCCAGCGCUUCGACCACAAGGCAGUCAUGCGGGAAGCGUGGCUGAAUGAAAACCAGCGGCUGGUCUCUCAGGACAACUUUGGCUGUGACCUGCCUGCCGUAGAAGCUGCCAUGAAGAAGCACGAGGCUAUUGAGGCAGACAUCUCCUCCUACCAGGAGCGCAUCCAGGUGGUGCUGGAGCUGGCCCACGAAGUGGAGUCCGAGGGCUAUUAUGACAGCCGGCGCAUCAUUGCCCAGAAGGACAACAUCCUGCGACAGUGGGGACUUCUGACGGAGUUGGUCAGUGCCCGGCGCGUCCGGCUGGAACAGAACGUCGCCCUGCAGAAGAUCUUCCAGGAGAUGGUGUACAUGAUCGACUGGAUGGAGGAAAUGCAGGCCCAGCUGGCCUCGAAGGAGUUUGGGAAGCACCUUCUGGAAGUGGAGGACUUGCUGCAGAAGCACAGCUUGCUGGAGGCUGAUCUUUCUGCACAGCGGGACCGAGUCCAGGCCCUCAACGCCGCAGCCCUCAAGUUCUCAGAACUGCAAGGCUACCAGCCCUGUGACCCCCAGAUUAUCUGCAAUCGGGUCAGUCACGUCCAAGGCUGCCAGGAGCGGCUGCAGGAGCUGGCUUCCAAGCGGCGGAAGGAGCUGGAGGCAUCCCGCCAGCUGUGGUCCUUCCUCCAGGGGUUGGAGGAGGCAGAGGCCUGGGCGUGGGAAAAGGAGCGCAUCCUGUCGUCCUCCCAGAGCUACGGCAAGGACCUGGAUGGCGUGGCCAAGCUGCUCAGCAAGCACAACCUUUUCCUAGGCGAGCUGAGUGGUCGCCGUUCCUUGCUGCAGGCCGCCAUGCGGCAGGGGGAGCAGAUCCUGCUGCGAAAGCGCUUCGGCCUGGGCAGCGUGCAGGAGAAGAUCCGGGACGUGCGCCUGCGCUGGAAAAAGCUGGAGGGGCUGGCAGCCAGCCACCUGCAGAAGCUGCAAGGGGCCCUGAGCUUCCACCGGUUCAGCGCCGACACGGGCGACCUGCUGGCCUGGCUGCAGGACGCCUACCGCCUGGUCUCCAGUGACGACUUUGGGCACGACGAGCACUCCACCCGGUCACUGGUCAGAAAGCACAAGGGGGUGGCGCAGGAGAUUGACAAGCACCGGGCGGUGGUUCUGGCCCUGCGGAAGCAGCUGGCCGCCCUGGCCCCCGAGUACCACGAGACGAUGGACGUGCAGAUCCGCAUUGUGGAAGUGGAGCAGCUGUACGAGGAGGUGGCGGAAGUGGCCGUGCUGCGGCGGCAGUGGCUGCAGGACGCCCUGGCCGUGUACCACCUGUUCGGCGAGGUGAACGCCUGCGAGAUCUGGAUCGAUGAGAAGGAGCAGUGGCUCGGCCGGACAGACGUGCCCAAGAAGCUGGAGGACGUGGAGGCAAUCCAGCACCGGUUUGAAAGCCUCGACCAGGAGAUGAACAGCCUGAUGGGUCGUAUUCUGGAUGUUAACCAAAUUGCGCAGCAGCUGGUUGAUGGGGGCCACCCUAGCUCCUCUGAAGUCCGAUCCUGCCAGGACCAUCUCAACAGCAGGUGGAACCGGGUGGUGGAGCUGGUGGAGGAGAAAAAGGAUCACCUCAGCUCCAUCCUGAAGAUCCAGAACUAUCUGCUGGAGUGCAGAGAAAUCAAGUCUCAGAUCCGGGAGAAGCGCAAGGCCAUUGAGUCCACCCAGUACAGCAGUGGCGACCUGGGCAGUGUCCUGUCCCUCCAGCGCCGCCUCUCCACCAUAGAGGCAGCCCUGGUGCUCCUGGAGCCCCGGCUAAUUGAGCUUCAGCAAGAGGGGGAGUUGCUGGCCAACACCCACCCCACCCAGGCUGUGGAGAUCCUGAUGCAUUUUGAGGAGAUCAGCGAGGAGUGGGAGGCCUUGAAGAAGACGCUGCAGGGCUGCGAGGACUCGCUUACCGUAGCCAGCAGGCUGCAGCAGUUCAUCCAGGACCUGGACAGCUUCCUGACCUGGCUGGUGAAGACGCAGGCAGCCGUGGCCUCGCCUGCGGAGGAACUGCCAGGCAACCUCCUGGAGGCCGAGCGGCUGCUGCACCAGCACGCUCUGCUCAAGGAGGAGAUCAGCCGCUACGAGGAGGAUUAUGCCAAGAUCCAGGCCGUCAACGAUGUGCUGGCACUGGAGGAAGCUGACCUGCCCUACCUCUCUCUCCAGCAGUGGCUGCAGAAGCUGGAUGUAGGCUGGAACAAGCUGCUGGAGAUGUGGGAGCACCGCCGGGAGGUCUUGGUGCAGGCACAUAUCUUCUUCCUCUUCCUGCGCGAUGCCAAGCAGGCUGAAGUUUGUCUGUACAACCAGGAAGCGACGCUGGCCCACGCAGAGCUGCCCGCCACAGUGGAAGCGGUGGAGAAGGCCAUCAAGAAGCAGAAGGAGUUCAUGACAACCAUGGAGCUCCAGAUGCAAAAGACCACCUUGGCUGUCAAGGCUGGCGAGAGCCUGAUUCGGCAGGGCAACCUUUAUGCUGAGCGGGUGAAGGACAAAAUGGAGACCCUCCGGGCAAAGAGCGGACAGAAUGUCCAGCUGGCCAACGCCUGGAUGCAGCGCCUGAGUGACCACCUGGAGCUGCAGCGCUUUUUGCAAACCUGCCAUGAGCUGCAUGGCUGGGUGGCUGAGAAAGAGGCGCUGAUGGCCGGCGAGGCGCCUCGUGACAAGGACGCGCCGUCAUGGAAGCCGCCGCCGCCGCCGCAGCGGGCACCCAAGCGCUGGCUUCGGCACCGCGCGUUCGUGGCCGAGCUGGCCCAGAAUAAGGAGUGGCUGCACAAGAUCGAGAAGGAGGGGCAGCAGCUGAUCCAAGAGAAGCCAGAACUGGCAGAAACCGUGCGGAAGAAACUCGGGGAGAUCCAACAGUGCUGGGCAGAACUGGAGUCGGCCACCCAGGCUAAAGCACAGCAGCUGCUGGAAGCCGCCCAGGCUGACCGCUUAGCGCAGAGCUACGCUGAGCUUGACAAGCAGCUCCUCCACAUGGAGGGCCAGUUGCAAGCUGUGGACACAGGGCCGGACCUCACCAGUGUUAACAGCAACCUCAAGAAGCUGCAGACCAUGGAGACGCAGGUGGAGGAGUGGUCCAAGGAGGUGGGGGAGCUGCAGGUCCAGGUGACUGCUCUGCCCCUGGAGACAGCCAGCAAGGAGAUGGUGGACGAGAGGCAGAACGCAGUGGGGGCGCGGAUUGUGCGCCUGAUCGAGCCCCUCAGGGAGCGCCGGAGGAUCCUGCUGGCCUCUAAGGAGCUGCACCAGAUCAGCCACGAUCUGGAGGACGAGUUGAUCUGGGUCCAGGACCGCCUGUCGCUGGCCAUGCUGAAAGACCAGGGGCACAACCUGCAGACAGUCCAGCAGCUGAUCAAGAAGAACCAGAACCUGCGCCGAGAGAUCCAGGUGCACAAGCCCCGCAUGGAGGAGGUGCUGGAGCGUGCUGGCAGCAUCGCCUCCAUCAAGAGCCCCGAGGUGGACUCGGUGCGACUGCUGUUGGAGAAGCUCUCCGAACUGUGGGGGCUCCUGCAAGAGGAGACGGAGCAGCGGCAGCAGCUGCUGGAUGCCACCUACCAAGCGGAGCAGUACUACUUCGAUGUGGGGGAGGUCGAAGCCUGGCUGAGCGAGCAAGAGCUCUUUAUGAUGAGCGAAGAGAAAGGCAAGGAUGAGCAGAGCACGCUGCAGCUGCUGAAGAAGCAUCUGAUGACUGAGCAGACGGUUGAGAACUACGCGGAGACCAUCGCCCAGCUGUCACGGCAGUGCAGGUCACUGCUGGAGCUGGGCCAUGCAGACAGCGAGCAGGUCAGCAGGAGGCAGUCCCGGGUGGACCGGCUCUACGUGUCCCUGAAGGACCUGGUGGAGGAGCGCAAGGCCAGCCUGGAGCAGCAGUAUUGGCUCUACCAGCUCCACCGUGAGGUGGACGAGUUGGAACACUGGAUUGCGGAAAAGGAGGUGGUGGCUGGCUCGCCCGAGCUGGGGCAGGACUACGAGCAUGUGACACUGCUGCAAGAGAAGUUCACCGAGUUUGCCAGCGAGACAGGCAGUAUUGGCAAUGAACGGAUCUUGGCCAUCAACCAGAUGGUGGACGAGCUGAUUGAGUACGGGCACACAGAUGCUGCCACCAUUGCCGAGUGGAAGGACGGGGUGAACGAGGCCUGGGCAGACUUGCUGGAGCUGAUCGAAACAAGGGCGCAGAUGCUGGCUGCCUCCCACGAGCUGCACAAGUUCUUCAAUGACUGCAAGGAUGUCCUCUCCCUAAUCGAGGAGAAGAAGCAACGCCUGCCGGAGGUCACGGCCCGCGAGUGCAAGGCCUCAGCUGGUACUCUGCAAAGGAUGCUCAACUCUUUUGAGCAUGACAUCCAGGUCCUGGUGGCGCAGGUGCGGCAGCUGCAGGAGGUGGCAGCCCAACUGCAGACAGUGUACGCUGGUGAGAACGCUGACGCCAUCGCCACCAAGGAGCAGGAGGUGCUGCGUUCCUGGAAGGAGCUGCUGAGCUCGUGUGAAGAUUGCCGGUUGCAGGUCACCACCACGGCCGACAAGAUCCGCUUCCUCAACUUAGUGCGGGACCUUGUUUCCUGGAUGGACACCAUCCUCUGCCAGAUCGGUGCUGGCGAGAAGCCCAGGGACGUGUCCACCGUGGAAGUGCUGAUGAAUGACCACCAGGGCCUGAAGAGUGAAAUUGAGACUCGCAGCAAGACAAUCACCGCCUGCGUGGACCUGGGCAAGACCUUGGUGCUGAACAGAAGCGCAGCCUGCGAGGAAAUCAAGCUUCACCUGGAGAAGCUGAUGACCAAGAAGAAGGAGAUGGUUGACAAGUGGGAUCAACACUGGGAGUGGCUGCAGCAAAUGCUGGAGGUGCACCAGUUUGCGCAGGAGGCAGUGGUGGCCGAUGCCUGGCUGACUGCCCAGGAGCCCCUGCUGAGGAGCCGGGAGCUGGGGAACAGCGUGGACGAGGUGGAGCAGCUCAUCCGACGCCACGAGGCCUUCCGGAAGGCGGCUGCAGCUUGGGAGGAGCGCUUCAGCUCCCUAAGACGUCUCACCACCAUUGAGAAGCUGAAAGCAGAGCAGAGCAAGCAGCCCCCCACCCCCCUUUUGGGCCGAAAGAUCUUCCCAGAUCCUGCUGAGCUGAGCACCAAGACCGCCUCCCUCCUGUGCCAGCCGCUGUUCAAGAAGGACCUCUUGCGGGGUCGGACAGAGGCCCACCCACUGCUCAGUGCAGCGGAGCCAGGGGCCCCGGAGCCCGUGGAGACCAAGGUGGCUUACGUCCGGCAGGAGGUGAAACCGGAACGGCUGCAGCCCAAGAUUGACCACCUGCAGGAGGGUCUGGGGGCUGCAGUAGGAGCCCAAGCCCAGGAGAAAGCAAGCGAGACCACAGCUGCAGCAGAGGAAGCCCUCCGAGCGGGCACCCUGAGCCGAGCUCCUGGGACCUUGCCAGAACAGGUGGAGGCCAAGGUAGGCCGUCUGGAGACGCGUCUUGACAGACCCCGAGAGCGCCAGGAACCCCGGCGUUUGCUGGAGCGGCAUGAAUCUGGCGAGCAGGAAGCACCCCGGCCAGAGCAAGCAGAGCGCAGGAGGGAGCGACGGGACCGGAGGGCAGAGCGACGGGAGUCCAGCGAGCAGGAGGCCCCACACCCUGACCCCAAAGGAGGCGGCAAAGCUACCCUGGCUGACAUCGUGGAGCAGCUUCAGGAGAAGGAAUCUGGGGUGCUGGCCCCUACCACUGUAAGUACCCUUCCUCUGCCUCGGGAAAGAGAGUCUCCUGUGCGCCUGCCCAACGGCCUCGAAGUGCUCCCAGAGAGGACACCGCGCCCAGACAGACCCCGUGCCCGCGACAGACCCAAACCCCGCCGGAGGCCCCGCCCCAAAGACCCCAACGCACCACCUGGCGAAGCCCGUCGGUCACGCUCUGCCCCUGCCCAGAGUAGCGCCCCACCCCCGCCACCCCCCACACAUACCAUCCAGCAGGAGGGCUACCUUCUCCGCAAGCUUGAGCUGGAGGGGCCAAACAAGAAAGCCGCCAAUAGAUCUUGGAUCAAUCUUUACUGCAUCCUCAGCAAAGGGGAAUUGGGAUUCUACAAGGAUUCCAAGGGCCGGGAAUCCGGGAGCACUCACGGCAACGAGCCUCUGCUGAACCUGCACGGCACCAUUGCAGAGGUGGCCAGCGACUACAAGAAGAAAAAGAACGUGCUCAAGAUCAAGACUAAUGAUGGGGUUGAAUUCCUCCUGCAAGCCAAGGAUGAGGAGGACAUGAAGACUUGGCUGUCGGCUCUGACUUCUUCCAUUGCGGAGCAUGCUGAGAUUGUCCGCUGGAGCCAGGCUCUGCUCACCACCUCCUCCACAGACGAAGGCGUCCCCAAGCGGGACACUGACCGAAGGGCCAGCACCUCCGGCAGGAAGAAAUGAGACAGCCAUCCCUCCCCCUCCCCAAGGCUGGGAGGGACAGUCCAGGCAUCUCUGCCUGCAGGCUUGCCAACAUCUCAGAACGUGGAGAGGACUGCUGCCCAGCAGGAACCCUGAUGCUGCCAAGAAGAGGGGGGCCAAAGGGGGGCAUGACUUCUCUUUGGAACUGGCGCCGGGGAGGAGAUGCUGGACCUGUGCAGUUGGGAGUGCAGGAAGAGCUGCUCCCCUCCCCCCGCUUAUGUCUGCCAGGAGCUGAGAGGCACAAUCAGGCCGGACCAAGAGCCUUUCCUUCCCUUGAAUGGCAGCAGAGAGCAGGCGCCCCACAGGCCCCGUCCCCUUUCCAUUUCCGUCUGGGUCCCAGCAGCUGGGCAGGAGGACCCAGUCCAGGGGCUCCUUUUGCCCCCCUGGCUCUGUGGAAUUGCUGUCAGCUGGGGAGGGGGAAGCAAAGUGACAGGAGGGUUGCAAUCCCGAGGAGCUGCUUGGAGGAGCCUUGCAGGACACCCCCUUGUCUUCCUCCCAGCUUCACAUCUCCCAGACAUGGUGCUACUGUGGGUGCAAAGGACAGAGUUUCUGUGGAUUCUGAGGGCUUGCUGUAGAUCCCUCUCUGUGCACGUGUCUCCUGAUCCCAUCUAUCUGCAUUCAGGCUCCCAAGGGUUACUUUGGAGGAGUUGAGUUACUCAGAAGAAUAUUGGUGCACAAUUGUUGUAGUGGGGGCAGAAAAAGGUGGGCCCUCUUUAUACUUGCCUGCCUGGGCCAACUGCCUGUGUUGGAGAGAACUUUCCCUCUGUGCUCCCCAGUUAAUUGCCUUUGCACCCCGCUCAGAGAUUUGCUUGGAUGCCAUGUUGGGUAAUUCUCUGGGAUGAUUCCCACAAAUAUGGCCUGGUGGGCUUGAGGAGCAAAUGCACUUCCAGCUGACCCUCCAGAAUUUUAGCUGGCGUCUCUGAAAAGCCUGCUGCUUUGUUCAUCGACCACAACCGGAGCACCGCUCCUUGGGCUCCUGGAUCUCCCUGCUUUCCAGGCUGAAGGAGGCUGUGCAAUGCCCGGAGCUGAGAGCACCAGGCUAGAUAGCUGCCCAAGCAUGCGUGGAGGCCUCUCACCCUUGUGAACAAGCCAUAUUCACAUCCCCGCUCCUCGCCCAGGUGCAUUUUCAUGCAAUAACACAACAGAGGAGCCAGGAAGCAACAGCUCCAGCCCUUCCAAGGCCACGGCCUGGACAGCCUCAGCAGUGGAGAGGCUGCAUGGGGCUGGCUGGGCCUUGAGUGGAAAGCCCACCCCAGACCCCGAGCAUCCUCAGCGCCCCCCCCGGUUCUCGACUGCCUUUGUCCACUGUGGCAAGGGGAUGGGAGGGUGGCUGCUCCUGAACUGGAAGCAGAGUUGCCUGUCCCUCAGACAACAGCUUGGAGUCGUGCACGUGGCCCCUUCCUCUACCUACCCGAGAAGGUCCCCCUUAGAACUCUCCUCUGCUGGGAGGCGGCAGCGUGUGAGCAGCAGCGUGGUGGCCACGGGGCUCUCAGGGAGUUACGGAGAGCCCGCAGGGAAGCUGCACGAUGUUCAGUAGCUGCACUUUGAAACUGUACCUCCUUUUGCGACACGGUAAUGUGGAUGUACACAUAUAAUCUAGAAGAAACGGAAAGGUACCUAGGGGAUCUAAACAAAAUUAAAACGUAUGUGGUGAGCCUAGAGGAAAACGGCUGCCGUGUGGCUCAAUUGUCUCUUCCCAAGGACCCUUUCACCCCAAGGAGUCAGUGCUGAGUUGAUGCCUGCCGUUGCCCCCGCCAUCCCCACAUGCUUCACUGGUAAGGAGCCAAGGCUCGGUAGAUCAUUUCUCAGAGCUGCUUCUGUGGCUGCGAGCGUAACAUCCUCGGCCUGUUGAGCCGUGGCCAAACCCAGCCUCCUCCGGACCUGAUGCAGUUUCUACAACGCUCCUCCUGGACGGAAUUGGCGCAGCUCCAGCCACUAAUGCUUCCGUGUCUCCUUCCGUCCCUCUCUGGGAGCUUCCCUGGUUCAGAAUUGUAACUGCUUUUUUUUGUCUCGUACACAGAAGGAGCCACCAAAAUUGGAACGACGGGGUCACGUCUUGUGUCUAACUGUAGCCCUGGAGACGUGGUUUUUCAGAGACCAGUUUGCAAAGGUUCCGGAUCUUAUUGCAUGAGAGGCUCAAAGGACUGCUCCUCCGCGCGCUCCGACCGCCCUAGUGCGGGCGGUCGCGUCAGGAAGAGACCCCCGGCGGCCCCGCCCGCGCAGAACUGACGUGACUUGUCCCCGCGGCGUUACGGCACCAAUAAAGGGGCGCGGCGUGGUCCGAGACUGGUUGCAACCGAGUGCUGUCGAAUCCCAUUUCUUUGCGAGGCCGCGGUCCCCGGGGUCUCCCUUCCCGGCAGAAACAGCCCGGGCUAACCCCACAAUCUGUCGCCGCCGCCGCCGCCGCCGCCGCGCUUGCUCCGGCUGUUUCUCGGAUUCGCUUCUCCCGGGAGGGGGGCGGCCGCGCGGGCUGCCCACGUUGACUCACGCGGAGCUCGACCGCUUGCGCGCGGCCGCGGACUCGGAGGCGCGCCGACGGCCGG